AUAAGACCAACCUGCAAGUCUAUACCGGAUCGUUCUGCUCACCGGCGUCAAGCUUUUGAACUACUGGUCUUUGAAUGCUGUACGCUGUUCACCCUGAUCUGUGCCCACCCAUCUUUCCCAGGCGUCGAGUAUAAAUACGCGAGGAUCGCGGUAUAUCCCCCCCAUCGUUGCUGGCCAACAUCACCAUCGUUAUAUGUCCACUUUCGCUGUCUCGAAGGCUGCAGUGCAGUCCUGCAGAAUGCAAGCCCAACACAUGACUAGGAGACGUUCGAUCCACGGCUCGUUGAGGAGACAAGCGAUCCUUAUGCCUGCGAUGUCUCCUCUUAUGACUGAGGGAACGAUCACCCGAUGGAGGAAGAAGGAAGGGGAAGCGUUCGUUGCGGGGGACGUUUUACUUCAAAUCGAGUCAGACAUUGCUAUGAUUGACGUGGAAGCGUACGCCCCAGGUAUAUUGGGGAAAAUUCUGAUGCCAGACGGAACAACGAACGUCCUGGUUGAAGAAGUAAUCGCCCUUGUCGCGACAAACCCCCAGGAACUGGCCCAACUACUAACAAGUGACCUCGAUGCUCCCCCGUACAAUCCUUUCCCGACACCUCCAAACACACCCCGCAUCAUGUUCUCCCGCUCUCCGACUAUGAGUCCGCGCAGACCGUCCCUCUUUGAGAUGCACUCUAUGGGAUAUGGUCAACGAAGUGUUCAUGCGGGAGGUCCCCGUGGGCCUCCCGUACCAGUUGGCGCUCCCCUAGCAACCCAUGUCCAGACUGAAAUCUGCAGCCCGGUGACCACAGGUCCCGGUAGGAUAUCCGUCAAGUUCUCAUCAGAUGUGGAAAGUCAGCUUGACGGUGCCGCGAUUCGGAGGAUGUUUGUUUCUAAUCUUGCAAAUUCGCGUGGAAUUGGGAACAAGGUAUUCAAUGAGCUCGUCUGAGCUAUUGCGUUUCGACGCGAUGUAUAACAUUCAGUGAUGAUUGUUUCAAUUUUUGUAUUUGCUGUCAAAAAAUGGAGCUCAAAUCUGUACAUAUGAUGUAUGAUAGUGUACAACAUGCCAAUAUGUUUGCAGCGGCAAUACAGUUUACAACUCGUCAUCCAAA